ACACAUGCGCGUCCGCAAGACAACUCGGGUUUUCCGGGCAUGGAAUACACGGAUAUACGGAAAUGGCUGCUCUAACAUCUACGCCCUUCUUCUGGUUUGGCUACUUGUAUGUUGUCCUGUUUGUGUCUGCAGACCAGAAAACCAUCACAGCCAAGUCUGGACAGAACGUCAUUCUGACAUGUCGAGCUCCAAACAACAUUUUAGUUGUAGAGUGGAGCAGAGCUGACCUGGGAGAUGAAUAUGUCUUUGUGUUUCGGGAUGGGCAGUUUGAUCCAGUCAACCAGCAUCCAUCUUUUAAGAACCGGGUGGAUCUGCAGGACAGACAGAUGAAGGAUGGAGACGUGUCUUUGAUUCUGAAGGAUGUGACAACUUCUGAUGCUGGAACAUAUGAGUGUCGUGUCGUCCAGAUAGGAGCAACCCGCAGUAACACAGAGCACAUCAGCAUCAUCAGCCUGAGUGUUGAUCCUCCAGGUGAGUGA